ACAGCACCCUCUCCCACAGGCUUUGGAAGGCAAACCUGUCCUGCCUGAAGGAUGCCUAAGUGUGGGGAGGAUUCCAGCUAACAUUGGCUUUCUAGUUGGAAAGAGGCUACAACCCCUGCGAGCUCUUGCACUCUGACAGUCACAAACGAUCCUGAGCUACUUGCAUCCUGUGUGUUCACACCACUUUUCCUUUUCAUCCAAGCACCUUACCUCGGUAUAUAUCAUCCUGCCUGGGAGAUCCAUUGCUCCACUAGAGCAGGGAAGGAAUAAGCUCACAAAAAUGGGAAAGAAAAGGUCUGACAUUUACUCAGUUGAGAUCCAUGGCGCACGGGAACUGGAGAAAACAGACAAGGAAGAUGAAGAGGAAAAGUACAAAGAUCUGAAAGGUAACAAGAAAAAAAGCAAGAAGACAGAAGACCUUAAGAAAGAACUGGACUUGGAUGACCACAAACUCAGCAAAGAAGAGCUGGAGGAAAAGUACACUACAAAUAUCAGCAAGGGGCUCACUAGUGCAAGAGCAGCAGAGAUUCUGGCCCGAGAUGGUCCCAACGCUCUCACUCCUCCUAAAUCCACUCCUGAAAUCAUUAAGUUCCUCAAGCAGAUGGUGGGAGGGUUCUCGAUCCUCUUAUGGGUGGGGGCUUUGCUCUGCUGGAUUGCCUUCGGGAUUCAGGUUGCUCAAGGUGUUGCUUCAGCAUUUGACAAUCUGUACUUGGGAGUAGUCCUCGCACUGGUUGUCAUCCUCACUGGUAUCUUCGCUUACUACCAAGAGGCUAAAAGUACCAACAUCAUGGCCAGCUUCAGUAAAAUGAUUCCACAGCAAGCUCUUGUCAUCCGAGAUGGAGAGAAGAAGGAAGUGUCUGCAGAGCAGCUGGUGGUGGGGGACAUGGUGGAGAUUAAAGGUGGAGAUCGGAUCCCAGCUGACAUCCGUCUGAUCUUUGCUCAGGGGUGUAAGGUGGAUAAUUCCUCCCUCACGGGGGAAUCAGAACCACAAAGCCGUUCCUGCGACUUCACCCAUGAAAACCCCUUGGAGACUAAGAACAUUGCAUUCUAUUCUACAACCUGCCUGGAAGGUACUGCCACUGGCAUGGUAAUCAACACUGGGGACCACACUAUCAUCGGACGCAUUGCCUCACUGGCAUCUGGAGUUGGGAAUGAGAAGACACCCAUUGCUAUUGAGAUUGAGCACUUUGUGCAUAUUGUGGCAGGAGUGGCUGUUUCUAUUGGGGUUCUCUUCUUCAUCAUUGCCGUGUCCAUGAAAUAUAAGGUUCUGGACUCCAUCAUCUUUCUUAUUGGCAUCAUUGUGGCCAAUGUGCCCGAAGGACUGCUAGCCACAGUUACUGUGAGUUUGUCUCUGACAGCCAAGCGAAUGGCAAAGAAGAAUUGCCUGGUAAAGAACUUAGAAGCUGUGGAAACGCUGGGCUCGACCUCCAUCAUCUGCUCUGACAAGACAGGGACCCUCACACAGAACAGGAUGACUGUUGCCCAUCUUUGGUUCGACGAUCAGAUCUACGCGGCUGAUACCAGUGAAGAACAAACAACCCAGUCCUUUGAUCAAAGUUCUCAAUCAUGGGCAGCUUUAUCAAAGAUUGUAACACUCUGCAAUCGGGCCGAAUUCAAACCAGGACAGGAGAACGUUCCAAUAAUGAAGAGAGUUGUGGUGGGCGAUGCCUCAGAAACAGCCCUGCUGAAAUUUGCUGAAGUAAUCUUGGGUGAUGUAAUGGGCAUUAGAAAACGGAACAGAAAACUGGCCGAAAUUCCUUUCAAUUCUACUAACAAAUUCCAGCUCUCAAUCCAUGAGACUGAAGACCCCAAUGAUAAACGCUUCCUGCUGGUGAUGAAAGGAGCCCCAGAGAGGAUCCUAGAGAGAUGCAGCACUAUCAUGAUCAAUGGCGAAGAACAGCCACUGGAUAAAGAGAGGGCUGAGGCUUUCCAGACAGCGUACAUGGAAUUGGGAGGCCUGGGAGAGAGAGUGCUGGGCUUCUGCCAUUUGUACCUGCCCGAGGAUGAGUUUCCAGACACCUACCCCUUCGAUACAGACUCCAUGAACUUCCCCACUUCCAACCUGUGCUUUGUAGGGCUCUUAUCCAUGAUUGACCCCCCUCGCUCCACCGUGCCAGAUGCUGUGUCAAAGUGCCGCAGUGCUGGGAUCAAGGUUAUCAUGGUCACUGGCGAUCAUCCAAUCACAGCAAAAGCAAUUGCCAAGAGUGUAGGCAUCAUUUCUGCCAACAGCGAGACCGUUGAAGAUAUUGCCAAGCGCCUCAAUGUUCCAGUCGAGCAAGUCAAUAAACAGGAUGCUAGAGCUGCUGUAAUUAACGGAAUGGAGCUUAAGGAUAUGACCACAGAGCAGCUGGACGAGAUCUUAAUCAAUCAUUCAGAAAUAGUCUUUGCUCGCACCUCACCCCAGCAGAAACUGAUUAUAGUGGAGGGCUGCCAAAGGCAGGAUGCAGUUGUUGCGGUGACUGGAGAUGGAGUCAAUGACUCCCCAGCUCUGAAAAAGGCAGAUAUUGGAAUUGCUAUGGGUAUCGCCGGCUCCGACGCAGCUAAAAAUGCAGCUGACAUGAUCUUGCUGGAUGAUAACUUUGCUUCUAUUGUCACAGGAGUGGAGGAAGGCCGCUUGAUCUUCGAUAACCUAAAAAAAACUAUUGCCUACACCCUGACCAAGAAUAUUGCUGAGCUCUGCCCCUUCCUGAUCUACAUUAUUGCCAGCAUCCCGCUGCCCAUUGGCACAAUCACUAUCCUGUUCAUCGACCUGGGCACAGACAUCAUUCCCUCUGUUGCAUUAGCCUAUGAGAAAGCUGAAAGUGACAUUAUGAACAGGAGGCCCCGGCACAAGAAGAAGGACAGGCUGGUGAAUGAGCAGCUCGCUGUGUACUCCUAUUUGCAGAUUGGGAUCCUACAGUCGAUUGGAGCCUUCUUGGCCUAUUUUACCGUGUAUGCUGAACAGGGCUGGCUUCCUAACACACUGCUCGGCUUACGUGUCAAUUGGGAAGAUGAUUACAAUAAUGACAUAGAGGACAGCUAUGGGCAAGAAUGGACUAGAUACCAGCGGACAUACCUGCAGUGGAGUGGCUACACUGCCUUUUUUGUCAGCAUCACAAUUCAGCAAGUGGCAGAUUUGAUCAUCAGGAAAACACGGAGGAAUUCCCUUUUCCAGCAGGGUCUUCUCAGGAAUAAAGUAAUCUGGGUGGGAAUAUUCUCCCAGAUAGCAAUCGCUCUGAUUCUCUGUUAUGGUCUUGGAAGUGUUACUGCCUUGAACUUCACGCCCCUUCGCGUUCAGUAUUGGUUUGUGGCCAUGCCUUAUGCCAUCUUGAUAUGGGUCUAUGAUGAAAUCCGGAAGCUUUUCAUCAGGCAAUACCCAGGAAGUUGGUGGGACAAGAACAUGUAUUACUGAAACAGGCUUCAUCACUGUGCUCCUUUCUCCCUGCUGGAGAGUUCUUUGAUUGUCCCAGCCGGCCUCUGCUGCUGAAUGGUCCUGUCUGUGCAAUAUAAAAUAACCACAGGGGUUCCCCUCAUCAUGAAGAAACAAGGACUUAAGAGGCUGAAAAACCACCUUACACUGUACUGUAAAGCUUAGACUUGGCUGAAAAUUUAAAUGCUAUCUAUUUUUAUAAAUACUUUUUUUCCCUGUUUAAAGUGUAUAAAGUUAAUGGAAAAAAACCUCUCAUGUAUAUAGCUAUUAAGGAAAUCACACAUUUGUAAUUUCAGGCAUCGACUUGCACUAGGUUUGUUCAAGCUGUUUUAUUUGUUUGCUGUUUUGGUGCAAUUGAACUGUGAGCAAGUGCAUAUGCAGAUCUGAGUUAUGUCACCAAGGAUGACUAGACUGUAUAGGCACAAUUUGAUAAUAAAAGGACUUUUUC